UCGCAACGGCGAGCAAGUGGGUGCUCAGGGUGAGAGCAUGGAGGUCGACGACGAAACGCCCGCUGUGAUCAUGAAGAACACCAAGCCCGCGCCAAAGCUACACACGCACGAGCCUGGUGUGACAGAGUGACACGACAUGAUUCACUUCACAUUGGCUGGUGUCUCUCCGCCAGUUUCUGACUUCUGCAGUGCAGAGAUGGCCAAGUUCAGCCGCUCCCGGCUCCUCAUCCCAGAGGACCUUCUCUUCUGUCUCUGUGGUAGGGCAGCCACCGCUGCAUGAGUCACACACUCCUGCAUUCGCUUGUGAUUGACAGUGUUUCACUACAAGCGCCAGACAGAUGAGAAGAAACUGCAGCUGGCCAAGCAGGUGGCGCAUGUGAAUGUGAACGCGUCAGUCAAUGAUUGUUUGUGUGCUUUCACAGCAAGCUGAGAACGGCUGUCCGGCGGCCAUGUUAUGUACAUAAUUCCGAAUUUUUCCAAGGGGCUUUGAGGGCUCAUAGAGGCCAGCAAAACAUGCACGCAGAGUGACAAAAUGACCUCCCCCAUGUCAUUGAAUGCAGCUGUCAUUGGGUGCAUGUGUAUGGAUGUCGAUCACACAUGUCCGUACAAAAUGAAGCAAUGGUGGGACACACAAUCAGUCAUUGAUUGUCUGAUUGUGUGUGACACACAAUCAGUCAUUGAUUGUCUGAUUGUGUGUCUCUCUCUUCACUGAGACAUUCGCAUGACUUUAUUCGACCAAAACAGACGAAACAGACAAAAACUGUUGGCACAAAAGUUUGAUUGGCGACAACACACACAGACAUUAACACAUAG